AUGCCAAUACCUGCCACCCAAACUUAUUCGAUAGUUGAUGAUAAUGAUAUAGAAUAUAAUCUAUGGACCUGGUAUUUAAACAAUAUAGAAGAAAAAACUUUUCAUGAGUUCAAUGAAAUUGAAAAUAAAGAAAAAUAUAGCAAACUAAAGAAGCUAAUCGAUAAAAAAUUAUUUACCGUAACAAAUAUUAAUACCAAAAAAGUUAAAAAUAUAAUCUUUUUAACUUUACCAAAGACAAAGAACUUCCAAACCAGAGAUUCAUAUUUUUAUCUUCAAAAAUAUUUAGAAUUAAUAUUUAGUGUCCAGCAACUUUAUAUUACAAAACUACAAAAUAACACAUCUACCACACCUUCUUGUAAUUAUUGUUUGAUUAUGGAUCCAAUUUUAAAUUUUCAAAAUACAACUUUUAAAGAAUCAUAUGAUUCAAUAUUGUCACAUAUUAAAUCGCAAAAGAAUAAAAUUAAAAGAAAUAGGGAGCUAUCCACGAAAAACUCUAACUCCUCUUUAUUGAUAAGAUCGUUAAAGAAUAAAAGUCAUUACAAUAGCAUGACAAACUGCCACUCAGCGACAAUGCUUAAUUAUAGUUUUUAUAGCAAUUCAAAUAGUCGCACCACUAAUUAUACAAAUAAUAAUUCUUCUUCGAAAAAAUCGUUUAGUAUUGUAUAUCAACCAAAUGCAAAUGCAAAUGCAAAUAUAAAUGCAAGCCUCGAUGAAGAAUUAAAUAAAAUUGCAAUUUCAACACCAUCUAGUCAAUCUAUUCGUUCAGAGAAUUUAAAAAGACAUGGCUAUAGUAAUGACGAUGACGAUGACGAUAAUGAAAGCGAGGGAGAUGUAGAUUCAAUUGUAAUAGACUUCCCAAGAAGAUUCACAAGAAGCACACUACUGAGCUCAACCUCUUCCAAUAAUCAAAAUAAUUAUACCAAUACAUCAAGCAAAAGCUUAUUAAAUGUAAAUUCUCCACCCUUAUCUGAAAUUAAUUCGAUUAAUAGUUUCGAAUAUUUUGAUUCUGAAAAUGAUUCAAUGUCGCCUCUUACAAGAACUGAUUUAAAGGAUAGAACUAUCUCAGAGGUCCCAUUGAUAGGAAAAAAAGAUAAUCAAUUAAAAGUCAAUGAAGAGUUAAUUAAAACAACUUUUAAAGCAUUUUCCAAAGAGUCAAUAUCUAUUACAACUUCUAGUUCAAGUGCAAGCUCUAGUUCAUUAAACUCGGGAUCAAUUUCGACCUCUCAAUCUUCAAUUACACAUUACCAACCAAUUAUUAGAGAAUUCACUGCAGACACAGGCUCAAGGAGAAAUUCACAUUCAAGUACAUCUUCUUUUGUAAGAGCAACAAACGAUAAUGAAACAUUCCUUACCAAUACUUUUGUAAGCAGCCACAAUAAUAGUGGAAGUUCCAUAAUAAAUAAUAAGUUUAAUAACAAUAUGAAUAGUAGUAGAAAUAGCAGCACAACUACAAGCUCUUCUCAGCUUUUGAAUAUAUCUAGGCAACAUGCUACAACAUCGUUUGAAGGCAAUAUUAUACGGUAUGGAAGUAGAAGUACAGAAGAGGUUUCAUUAGAUGGUAAUAUUUAUAAUCAAACUUAUUAUUCUGAUUCAAACGUCGAUUCUGUUUCAUCGUCAUCAUCUUUAUAUCUUUCAAAGUUCAAGACUGCAGCAUCAAAUACUUCAUCCAAUUUUGAUCAAGAAAAUCGUAGAAUGAAUUUAAAUUGUAUUAUAUUGAAAAAAAUUGGCAACACUAAUGGCGAUUUUUUCACUGCCAUAAAAGAAUAUAAUGAAUUAUAUAGUAAAUGGUUAAUUUUUGACUCAACAUUCCAGACAGAAAAAUCUCAAUUGGUUAGUUUUGAUAAAUUACUGGAAAUAGCAAAAUCUUUUUCCAAAAUCUUUUUUUACUCAUACAACAAUACGGUUGUGAAAAAUGAAACUAGUUUCCAAAAUAGAAAAACUGAAAUUCUAGAUAUCAACUUAACACCAUCAACUAGUAAAGAUAAUAAUACUAAAGCGGAUGAUUUCAUAUUUUUCGAUGAUUUAAAAGAAAAGGAACUGUCGCUAGAGAUUCACGGCAAUGAAAUUGAUGAAGAUGAAAUAUACCAUGAAGAGAAAAAUUAUGCAUUAGAAGAAGAACAUCAGCAACGUGAGCUAGAGAAUCAAGGGGUUGCAAUUAAUCAAGAAACCUAUAGCUGCAGUACAAGUAUUAGUAGUAAUAGUAGCAGUAGUAACAGCAGCAGCUAUCUAUCAGACCACAAUAACAAAACUAAUGAACUUGGUACAUCGGUAGAAAGUAAUAAUGAUGAAGCUAAUAAAGAUUUCUCAAAAGAUUUUAAUCAUUUCGAAAAUGCUUCAAUUACCUCUUAA